AUAUGAGAAUUAAUGCGUCGAACGCGUAAACCCUUUCAAAGAUCAUUCUUUUCCUCCGAAUUGUAUUACAUGUUGUAAUUGUCUUGGGACAGAAAUGCCUGCGAAGAAACAGAAGGAAGUAUCGUCAAAUGAGAAGACAACAGCUAACGUAGGGAAGAGAACUGCACAGAUAGUGAAAGUGGACGUGAAUAAUCCUAAACUUCAUAUUUGCUCAGGAAGCAAGUUUGUCGACUACGAGAUCACAAUUGAGACUACCAACAAGGCUUUCUUCAGAAAAUUUUCCAGCGUCAGGAGAAGAUAUUCGGAAUUUUGCUGGCUUAGAACAAAGUUAUCCAGUACAGAGAUCAAUGGAUUUGGAAGGGAGCAGAAUAUUCCAUGCCUACCUCCAAAGAGUUAUUUUAGCAGAUUUGAUAAAGAAGUGAUCGAUUCAAGACAGGAGGGAUUGCAGGAUUUCUUAAAUGAAAUUGUGAAAGUCAAUGACUUUCUUUCGUUUGCUGGUCUUCACUUAUUCCUACAAACUCAGCUUCCAAUACAAGAAAUCAAUGGCUUUCUUGAAGGAAAGUAUGGAGAGCAUGCCUCGGUGGAAGAGCUGAUAACCUCACAAGAACUGGGGGAUUCUAAUGAGGAAGACAAAUUAUGUCAUGUCUGUUUAAGUGAGGAUUGCACAUUGCUUAACUCUUGUAAUUGGGACAUUACAUCAGCAGAUAACAUUUCAACUCAUUCAGAGUCUUCUGAACUUGGUUCUGAAAAAUUUCUAUCUGAUAGCUACAGUAGUUCUUUGGGAUAUCUUUCAAGUUCUGCAGAAAACAGCAGUUUCAUGUACACCAUGUAUAGAUAACUGCAAAAGGAUAGUGUCUACAUGUAGGACCUAAUUAUCGAGGCUCUAUCAUUGCAUGUGACUUGAAAAAUGUUGUCCUGAAGUUUUCAAGUUUGUUAUUUAAAGCCCAUCACAGUCUGCCUUGGCAGUCUUUGUACCAUCUUUGUUUCCUUUUUGGCAUUUUAUACCUUCAUAUAGAAAACUGGUAAUGAUUAAAAGAGUAGCUUGCCUUCUUUAUUGGGCUAUUCUUACAUACCACUUAAUGUCUUUUGUGCAGCUUUCCUGAAACCAGCAAUUAGUCAGAUUAAUUUUCAUGAAACAUUAAUUUAUUAAGAACCUUGUAACACAUCAUAAGACAAUGUAAUGGACAAACACACUGUGUCACAAGUUGCUACAUUUGUUGCAGGAAGUGCAACCACUUGAGAAACUUGUCCUGCAAAAGUGGUACUCCAAUCAAAGGCCAGCAUCUGUGUGUGGAGUCCAUUGGAUGGUAGUGUGGCCAAUCAAAAGUCUCUUUGCAUCAGAAAUAGUAAUAACGCAAAGUAUUGUAACAUUUGAAUUUGGGUGAAAGUUGAAGAGAGAGUUCUUCACAAUAAUAUUGAUAUUCACCAAGAAAAAUUGCAGCAUAAAAUUAUUAUUAUUAUGUUAUCAUCAUGAUAACUUGUUCACAGUUGAUGUACAGAGAUACAUAUCUGGAAAAGGCUUUAUUUCUAUUUUUGAAUUACUGAACAGUAUUUUUCAUACAGUGUUAGACAUAAAAUUAUUAAUUUAUUAGAAAUAAGUUUUAUUUAUUGCUAGUACAGUGAAUAUAAAUACUUGAGUCAUUAUGUGGUUCUGUUUUUAGUUCAUAAAGUGCAACCAAUCAAAUGAAUGCUACUGAGCUGUACCCGGUACUUGCAUGGGAUAUUGUUGUAUGUGAGUGGAAUUUUAACAGCAUUUUUCACUCUUAAUUAUUUGGAGGGAAAGGGUUUUUCAUAAAAUGAAUCAUCUGUUAAUAUGUCUUAAAGGGACUAGGUCACAGUAUUUUUAGGGUAAUUAUAUUUAGUUUUAUCCACAAAAUCUCAGUCAUUUAAUCAAUCAUGGAAUGGGAUGUCUUCUGAGGCAUUCAUUGAAUGUCUGGAAGUGGUUACUUCUGAGCAUUAAUUCAGGGCUUAGAAAAAAACUUGAAUUCCUUCCAACUUGACCUUCGGACAAGUACCUCUCAAAUUUUGGUUGCCCAGCGGCAAGUCUUAGUUUACUAUUUUUAAUGUAGUUGUCACUGAGCCUUGCCCAGCUGGCAAGUGAGAAUAGAAAGUUACUUGCCUGGUAGAAAAAUCUACUUGUCCUGGUCAACUGGACGACACUUUUGUCAAGCCUUGAUGAUAGAUGACACUUUGAUACAUAAACUUUUGAAAAGAAGGGCUGCUGUUUUUCAAGCUCACUCUAAUGUAAUCUGUUUUAAUCUUCAAGUUUGCCAUUCCCAUGUCUGGCUUUCCUGUGUGUUUUUUUUUUAAAUUCUAAAGUUUUAAGGCAUACUGUGUUACUGUGACAUUUCACUUGACUUCAUGACAAUACAAUAAGAUUUAAUAGGAUCUUCAUACCUAAUUUACAAAAAUAUUGCAGUUAGAAAUUACAAUAACCAGUAGGUAAGAGCUGAAAUUGCCUAAAAUUAGGUGACCUAGCCCUUUUAAUUAAGUGAUUAAGCUUAGAAAGUAUCACUUUAUUACUUUAAAAGUAAAAUGUUGCUAUUAAUUUUUGUUUAUAUACUUUGUCAAGUGUUCAUCCACACAAAUACAUUCAACAUGCUGUUUCUUCUGUUAGCAUUUUCUUUUACCCUUAUUAUUGGGGCAAUAAAUAUCUUGUUUCUCAA